AUGUUUUUUUUUUUCAGAAUGAAGCUUAUAUUUGCUUGGUGCCUGUUGGCUCUAGCUGCCGUUAUAGAAGCUAGGGUUACAGCCACCCAGAAGCCUGUGUCAGCACAAAUAACCUCUUUGACUGACAAGGACGCCCGAAACAAGGCUCGGUUACACUCAGCAUUUGCAAACGCAGGGCAGAGAGCUGGUGUUGAAAUAUGGAGGAUUGAAACAUUUAACCCAGUUGCUGUUUCCCAAAACGAUUACGGAAAAUUCUACAAAGGGGACUCAUACAUCAUUUUGAAGACAACAGCAGACAAGCGAAACAACUUAUCCCACGACAUUCAUUACUGGAUCGGAAGCGAAUCUACCCAAGACGAGUCUGGAGCGGCGGCCAUUUUGACCGUCGGCUUGGACGAUAAAUUCAAUGGCGCGGCUGUGCAACAUAGAGAAGCUAUGGGCUAUGAAAGUCAGCUGUUCAAGAGCUAUUUCCCUAAUGGUAUCAAAUAUUUGGACGGCGGUGUUGCGACAGGAUUCAAACACGUGACGACUAAUGCUGGUGCUGCCAAACGGCUGUUCCAGGUUAAAGGGAAGAAGAACAUCAGAAUCCGGCAGGUUGAUCCUCUAAUCUCUUCAAUGAACGAAGGCGAUUGUUUCAUUUUGGAUGUGGAUCAGACCAUUCUCGUAUACGUCGGUAAGAAGGCAAAGAACGUGGAGAAACUGAAGGCGAUCUCUUUCGCUAACCAAAUAAGAGACCAGGACCACAAUGGCAGGGGACGAGUUGAGAUUAUUGAUCAAUACUCCAGUGAGGUGGAUGUCCAGAAAUUCUUCACAGCUUUAGGAUCAGGUGCACCCAAUACAGUUCCUGAAGAAGCUGCGGGCGGUGAUGACCAGACAUUCGAGAAGAACGAAGAACAGACAGUCUUGCUAUCUGAAAUAUCCGAUGCGUCUGGUAAAAUGAAGGCAAACGCAUUGACCAAGCCUUACAAGCAAGAACAGCUGAAACCAACUGAGAGUUACAUUUUGGACACUGUCAGUGGAAGUAUUUAUGUAUGGACCGGCAAGCAAUCUUCGGAACGGGAAAAAUCUGAAGCUCUAACCAAAGCUCAACAGACUUUAGUCUCCAAGAACUAUCCAUCGUGGGUUCAAGUGAUAAAAGUACCGCAGGGUACUGAACCAGCAGCCUUCAAACAAUACUUUGCUACAUGGAGAGAUGUUGGCAUGUCACACUCAAGAAUUAUCUAA